AUGAUGGCGCCCAUCCGCUCGAAGCCCCCAGUAGCAAACAACGAUUUCGCCGUCAACGAAGAUCCAGAGCGCCUGGACAAUGUUUACAAUCGAGUGUUGGGGAAAGAAGGAUACAAGAUGCUUACAGACGAGGUCAAAUGGCUGGCCGUUACGCAUAAGAGCUUCGAUCAUGGGAGAAGAGGGUUCAAUGAACGAUUGGCUUUUCUAGGGAAAAGGAUAGUGCAACUACAAACAUCACUCACUCUCUUCCACAGCUCCUCCGCAACGCCAUUCCCAGAGACGCAAGAUCAGUACGGACGGGAGCCAUUCCGACAUCCAGCACUGGACGGCCUAGCCGGUGUGAGCGCGGAGAGUAAAGAGCAGAUAUUGAGAACGGGAAGGACAGCUCAGCUUGCCGAGAAAUAUGGACUCAACACUGUGGUACGGUGGAAGCCCAGAACGAUGGCGAAUCUCAAAGGGUCAGGCCAGCUUAUCGUGACAUCGCGGGCGCUGUAUGCAAUUGUGGGGGCCGUUGCAUUACAGAAGGGAGGGGAGGUUGCUAAUAAUGUUGUGAGAGAGCGGAUAUUAUGGCCAUUAGGGCUGCAGUGA